AAGAAAAAUCCACCCCCUGAUGGGAGGGAACAUGGGGCAAAUCUCCAGCACACCUGCCUCUCCUUUAUCGGAUCGGGUGCAAAAUGACACCGGAACAAAAACGCACGAGUUCAGUUUUCCGACCGGACACUUUUAGCCAAACGCACAGGAACAAACCGGAAACGAGCGAGGAAGCCACGGACGACGGCAAGGGUCCCCCGCUCGGUUGCCGCGGUUCCAACGGCAAGGUCCACUGCGGGGCUGGACCUUCCGAGCCAGGACGCCUCUUCCCGCCGGGCCGGGUUCGCCUUCCCCGCGCGGCGGGUCCCCUCACCGGAGCCGAGCAGGCCCAAAAGGAGAAUGGCUCACAGCCAGGUGAGGAAGAGGUCCAAGUCCAGAAGCAGGAGCACCUCUCGGAGCAGACAAGACACGGAGAAGAGGAAGGAAAAGCGGAAGAGGAGCAAAGACUCCCAGGAGAGGAGGAGCCAGUCUCCAGCUCACAAGAGAGGCCCCGAGUCUCAAGGCCCCCGGAGGCUCUUGGACUCCUCCAAAGAAAGGAAAAAGAAAAAAAAGGAGAAGAAAAAGAGAAAAGUCAGUGCCUCCUCUUCCUCGGACAGCACAAGUUCCUCCUCUUCUUCCAGGUCUUCUUCCUCUGAGGAAGGGUCGAGCGACGGUGAGUCCAAACCCAAGAAGAAAAAGAAGAGCAAGAAGAAACUGGCCAAAGAGAAGAAGGAGGAGAGGAGGAAGAGGAGGAGGAAGAAGAAAGCCAAAAAGAAAGCAAGCAGAAAACUGAAGGAGAGGGCAAAAGAGGGAAAGCCAAAGGGGGAAGAGCUACCUGGCCCUUCCCUGGAACAGUGGCAGAAAGAGGCGCUGGUGGAACCUGGCCCAGCCCUGACUGACGAGCAGAAAUCCCGCAUCCAGGCAAUGAAGCCAAUGACGAAGGAGGAAUGGGAUGCACGGCAGAGCAUCAUAAGGAGAGUCGUUGAUCCUGAGACGGGAAGAACAAGGCUUAUUAAAGGAGACGGUGAAGUCCUAGAAGAGAUCGUUACUAAGGAGAGGCAUAAAGAAAUCAACAAGCAAGCAACCCGAGGAGACGGCCUUUCCUUCCAGAUGAAGACAGGGAUGCUGCAGCAAUAGGAUAGACCUGCGACACGCCAAAGACAGCUGCCUUCCCAGACACAGAGACUUUGCCAAAACUGGCUCACGUUCCCCUUGUACCAAUUGGAGCAUGUCUGGAGAGAAAGUGGGCCAAGCAAGAGGCUCCAACCUACAGCUGUUCCACAGACACAUUGCCUGAGGGUGUGAGUCUUCCUCUUGUCAGAGGCCUUCCCCUUUGAGAACUUGGUUUUGCAUGAUGCUCUCUGUUCACACCUUGACCCAGCAUCCAGCCCGUUCCCUUGGUCACAUUCUGAGUUUCUUCUUCCAAAGAAAUAGAAGACUGGGAGAAACAGGACAAAGGUCAAGGAGGGAUAAUAUCUGGAGGGCCUGACCAAAUAGGUACUAGAGAGAUCUGUCUUCACCCAGGAAGGUGGAUGCUUCAGAAUGGCUGCAGCUAAGCCCCGCAGAGGAUGGCGAGGGGGAAGCAAAUUCUGUCCUCCUCUCUCCUGCAGGAUGGGACACGUUACCAAGGUGAGGUCCCAUCAAAGAGAAGAGCAAGGGUGCAUCCAUGCCACGACUGAGACACUCAACGCCUGAAGCAUCCAAGAUUGGGACCCAGCCCCGGAGCUUGGCUCAUCAUUUAAAUCUGGCAAAACAGCAACCAUUUCGUAUCACUAGGCUUCAGCGUGCUUGUUGCAGAGCGGUAGGGGCCGGGUUGUUUUCUUGGGCUCAGACUUCAUCUCAGAAUAGCAGUAUUGGGAGUGGGGUGGGGUGGCUGUUCAGUUGGUGUGGAAUAUCCACCUGCAGUCCUGCCGGAACAGAGAAAGCGGUGCUAAUAUGUCAGAAAAUACAGCAGGCUCUCUGGGACUGCAGGGAAACUACGGUGAAUAUAGUUGCUCAGCGAUAUCAAAAUAUGCACUUUUUGUUGUGUACAUGGCAGGGGUAUGUGUGUGUUGCUUUUAGCUCUGGCCACCUGCCACCUUAAAGCAUCACAGCCUGACGCAGGCUGGCCCUCUUUGGACAACAUCCUUUGCCUCUUUCCGACUGGCUUUAUGUCAGCACAGCGAAGGCAUUUUAAGGCAGGAUGGAAAAGGCACAGAGCAGUGGGUGUGUGACCAGAUGAGUAUUUCUUGCUGGCCUAAGUGAACAUCCAGCAAAGGGCUGCAUUCCUUAUAUAGUUCCUGGAAGCAAAUAGCAGCCCCUUAGAAAAGCCCACUUCUGUUGUGCUUCUCUAGAAGGAUUUCUGGAAGGAUCUGGGUUCAGGCUGAGGCAGUGCCUAAAAAACGUGGCUCCUUUAGUGGUCUUCUGUGCAGGCACACUUUAGGACUACACAGAAGGACACAGUUAAACAAUGUUGCACUUACCUGUAACUGUUGUUCCUUGAGUGGUCUUCUGUGCAGGCACACAUUGGGACUGUGCUGGCCUGCACAAGCGCAGUCCCAACGUUGGGCUGCACAGAAGGACACAGAGGUAACCAGCAUGUCCAGGCCGUUUGCUAGCCAUGUCUCACCCCAAUUUCUCUGGCUCUCCAAUCUCCCUGCUUCCAAGGGCACAAUUCUGCUUAGCAGCCAAAGGAAGAUAAGCUAUUGUCACAGGGCAGGGAAUCAAGUUUGUCCUGCACACCAGUGUAACUCCAGUGUCCUCCUUUUAGGAACUUGAACACAAGGAUGCGUAUUUUUCGCUAUGUGAGCAUGAUUAUGCUUUAGGUCCUGAAUUCCAUAAGGAGCAUUUAGCCACCGAGUUGCUAGCAAAUGCAUGUCAGGGCUCUUUUGCACGUAUUCUUUGCAACACGAGCUUUCUGCAGUGGCCAAGCAUGAUUUAUAACGAUUAGGGACUUUUGCCCGUUUUCCAUAUGCACCAUCCCGUUUGGGCAGAACUCUUGCCUGAGCACACCUCUGGCGGUAGAAAGUGCCAUCAAGUUGCAGUCGAUUUAUGGUGACCCUGUAGGGUUUUCACGGCAAGAGAUGAACAGAGGCAACUUGCUCUUGCCUGCCUCCGUGUGUUUCCUCUUUCUUGGUGGUCUCCCAUCCAAGUACUUACCAGGGCUGACUCGGUUCUGCUUCCAAGACCAGACUAGCCUGGGCCAUUCAAGUUAGGGCAGGCAAACCAAUAAUAAACCAAAGGAAUGUAUGAACUAUCCUAGGGAGGAAGCAGCCUGUAAGAACUGAUUGUUUUCAAACCGGGCUCCUUUGGGAAUCAAACAAGGGUUACUUGCUUGUGUGAAUUUCAGAAUUGUCCUAUAAGGAGACUCCAGGCAGCUGACAAACUCCUUUCGCUUCCUCUCUCCAUAACAGACCCCUUGUGAGAUAGGUGGGGUUGAGAGAGUUCCGAAGGCCAAGGUCA